UAUAUAAUAUAGGAUUUAUAACUGUAUGGCUGAUUUCCUGAAGCUCUCUUUCACAAUGGUUGGAUAAUUUCCUGAAGUUAAUCAUGUCAUCUCCACAUGGCAUUUAGAUGCAACUGCCAUAUUUUUCCGGCCACUCUUCUCGCCAUACGCAACCUAGCUAGAAUUGGAAGAACAAAAUCGAGCAUCCAAACACAGUACAGCGAUAAGGGAGGUUCGAGAGGAAAGAGGAGCUACAGGAAGGCGGUAAUGGCGCCGAGAAAGAAAUUGCCUGGUAUCAGUGAUGAGUUGCAGAAGCUAGCCGAUGCUAACAUGGACGACGUGUCGGCCAGACGCCGAGCGAGGGAGGCGUUUAAAGGAAUUCAGCUCGGAAUUGAUCACAUGCUGUUCAAGACACCUUGCGAUGGAUUGAGGAUAAAAGAGUCAUAUGAGGUCAACUCCAGAGGAUUGGAAAUAUUUUCAAAAAGCUGGAUUCCGGAGACUACCCGCCCUAAAGCAAUGGUGUGUUAUUGUCAUGGCUAUGGAGACACCUGCACAUUUUUCUUUGAAGGAAUUGCAAGAAAGUUAGCAAUGUCAGGAUAUGGCGUCUUUGCUAUGGAUUACCCAGGGUUUGGUCUUUCAGAAGGUCUUCAUGGCUUUAUACCAUGCUUUGAAAGGCUUGUAGAUGACGUCAUUGAGCAUUACUCCAAAGUGAAAGAGAAUCCGGAGUUUAGUGCUCUCCCAAGCUUUAUCUUUGGGCAGUCUUUGGGUGGAGCCGUGGCUCUCAGGAUACACCUCAAUCAACCUCGUUCAUGGAAGGGUGCAGUUCUUGUUGCACCAAUGUGCAAGAUUGCAGAUGAUAUGGUUCCACCAUGGGCACUAGCACAAGUAUUGAUUGGAGUGUCUAAAUUCCUUCCAAAGUAUAAGUUGGUUCCACAGAGAGAUUUGGCUGAGGCAGCUUUUAGAGACUUGAAGUAUAGAGAACUGACAGCAUUUAAUGUCAUUGCAUACAAGCAUAAACCACGCUUGCGAACUGCCGUAGAGAUGUUGAAAACUACAGAAGAAUUAGGACGCAGAUUGAGAGAAGUUUCCCUGCCAAUAUUGAUCCUGCAUGGGGAGGCUGAUAUCGUAACCGAUGUGACUGUGAGCAAGGCAUUAUAUGAGAAAGCUAGCAGUACAGAUAAGAAGCUUAAGCUUUAUGAAGGUGCAUACCAUGCUCUUCUGGAGGGUGAGCCAGAUGAAAUGAUAACCCAAGUAUUUGACGACAUAAUCUCGUGGCUGGACGAGCAUUGCAAGUAACAGGUUUGCUGAUCGACCUUCGUCGUUCUUUCGUGUAUGAUUUGGUGGAUAAAGAAAAAGGAAAGGGAAUGCAGGGAAGAAGCAUUUGGAAAUUAUGUUAUUUGGCUUGCAAUAUCAAGAAGUUGAAGCAAGUACUAAUAUUAUUAAUUAAACUUGCGGAUGCUUUGAAAACAGACAUCUUUUUUUCUUUUUGUUUUGUUUAUGGCCCAAUAAAUCCAAACUUAAUUUGGGUGCAAGUUGGAGGGUAUGAGUUCAAGAACCAGACACAAGCUAUUGAAGAGUCCUUUCAUAAUUUGAACUUUCAUUU